GGCGCAGAUGGGGCCGUCUGGAUGUGGACUUGAUGGCGUCCAGGCUCAACAACAAGCUCCCAGUGUUCCUGGCUCGCGCCCGAGAUCCGAAGGCGUACGGGGUGGACGCGCUGGUGUCUCUGUGGCAGGACUUUAGUCUCCUCUAUGUCUUCCCUCCGUUUCCUCUCCUACCGAAGGUUCUACGCAAGAUCGAGGCGGAAGGAAUCCCGACCGUUCUCAUCGCCCCAGAGUGGCCUCGCCGCGCGUGGUUCUCAGACGUGGCUGGCGGACGCCCCAUGGCCUCUUCCCGACAGACAGGACCUCCUGUCUCGGGGCCCGCUCUUCCACCAGAAUUUACGGUCUCUUCGUUUAACGGCGUGGCUGUUGAAACCGCCAUCCUGAAGAGGGGGUUCUCGGAUUCAGUGAUUAGAACCAUGAUCAGAGCGAGGAAGUCUGCUUCCUCCAGGAUUUACUAUCGUACCUGGAAGGCCUUCCUGUCCUUUUGUGAGAGUUCGGGGUUCCCUCCCCUUCGCUUUUCCAUCCCGAUGGUGCUGUCUUUUCUUCAGUCCGGGCUUGAAAAGGGACUGUCGCUGGGUGGCACAUUCGGUUCCUCCAUACCUUCCCCCUUUGCCUCCUUGGGAUCUCAAUUUGGUCCUGCGUGCUCUGCAGUCGGCCCCCUUCGAGCCUUUGAAGGAGGUUUCUCUGAAUUUUCUCACCUGGAAAGUGGUCUUCCUUGUUGCCAUAACUUCCAUCAGACGGGUGUCGGAGCUGGCCGCUCUUUCCUGUCAGGAGCCUUUUCUGGUUUUCCACCAGGAUAAGGUUGUGCUUCGUCCGGGUCCCCUCCUUUUUGCCCGAGGUGG